ACACGAUUCUUUGUAGAGAGAGACACCAAUUCGAUAUUUGUAGUGUAGAGAAGAGAGGAAACUUCAACUAUAAAGAAAGGUUAGAGAAAAAGGUUGGAGAGAGAUCCAAUUAAUUAUUUGGAGCUUCGCUCUGGAGUCCACCUUUUCCCUUCCGCGUCUAGGGAGGUGGUUAUGCCGGUUGGCUUUCAGGUUCCAGACUUAGGUUUAAUUGGCUUAUUUUGUUUGAUUAAGCUAUGGAGCAUGUUCGCUUUUGUUCAAACAGCUUCCUUUUCCGGAUCCUUGCAUUUCAGAAAGCUCUUGACUGGAGGUUCUUUAUUCUUGGAGAUUUCCUUCCUGUUUCCUUUGUCAACAGCACCUAGUGCCACCGUUUUCCUAAAUGAUCAGUAUAGGAGGCCUAAUGAACUUUUCUACUAAGAAAUUUGCUAUAUCUUUAGUGCUCUCCUAUGACACUUUUGUGGAGUAUUUACCAUUUUGAGAGUUUCAGACAGAUAUCUUGUGGGGACUGAUAAUUGCAGGUUGAAGAUUGCGGAUUGCUUUUGUAGUCACAACUACAUAAUUUAUCCUAUUAGACUCUUUGUGCUCGUAGUAUUUUCUUUGUUCGGGUGUCUGUUAGCUGUUAGGUGCGUAGAAGUCUAUUUCCAAAUAUAUCUUUCAGUCUAUGGUAGAUUUGAUGUUAUGGUGUGAUACGCUGAUUCUUCUAUAAAGAACAUGUUCUCGAGUGCACAAGCAUAUCUGCCAUCUACUCUUUUGUAUCGUGUUGGAGCCGCCGGCUAUGCACCUGCUGUGAUAAGGCCCUCAUCUUUAGCCGAUUGCAGAAGUUGACAUCUUAUGUACACACUACUAAAGAAAAUCAACGGGUGAUUCAGUUGGAUCAACCAGACAAUUUCUUUCUCAUUGUAUAGUGUUUUUACAUACUUCUAUUGGCAUUUUUAUGUGUCUCCUGUAAGUGCUUCAUCUGUUUUGUUGAAUAAAGAGAAGUUUGCCAGCUACUCAGUUUUGCUGUUUCUGACUCAAACUAUGGAGAGGUACAAGUUAAUUAAAGAAGUUGGUAAUGGAACUUUUGGUAGUGUUUGGCGUGCUAUAAAUAAGCAGAAUGGAGAAGUUGUUGCUAUAAAGAAAAUGAAGAAAAAAUAUUAUUCCUGGGAAGAAUGCAUAAAUCUAAGAGAAGUGAAGGUAUUGUCAUAGUAAUAUAAUAUUUGAAUGUGUUUCCAUUUCCAUUUUGCUGAAUUUGUCUUUCUAAAUCAAAUGUUACAGUCGUUAAGGAAGAUGAGCCAUCCAAAUAUCGUGAAGCUGAAAGAAGUUAUUAGAGAGCAUGAUAUCCUGCAUUUUGUAUUUGAAUAUAUGGAGUGCAAUUUGUACCAACUUAUGAAAGAUAGAGGAAGGCCCUUUUCGGAGAACGAAAUUCGAAAUUGGUUCUUUCAAGUAUUUCAAGCUCUUGCAUACAUGCACCAGCGUGGAUAUUUCCAUCGUGAUCUUAAACCAGAAAAUCUUUUAGUCUCAAAAAAUGUUAUCAAAAUAGCUGAUUUUGGUCUUGCUCGAGAAAUAAGUUCUGGACCACCUUAUACUGAAUAUGUCUCGACACGCUGGUAUCGAGCUCCUGAAGUUCUACUCCAGUCCCCUACUUACACUUCUGCUGUGGAUAUGUGGGCAAUGGGUGCAAUAAUGGCUGAACUGUUUACUCUCCGUCCUCUUUUUCCUGGAUUAAGUGAAGCUGAUGAGAUCUAUAAGAUAUGCAAUGUAAUUGGAUCUCCAACAGAAAAUUCGUGGGCCCAUGGGCUUUUGCUUGCUAGAGCGAUGAACUACCAAUUUCCGCAGCUUACUGGCGUGCAUCUUUCAACUUUCAUACCUUCAGCAAGUGACGAUGCCAUAAGCCUUAUUAAGUCACUGUGUUCAUGGGACCCAUUUAAGAGGCCGACAGCAGCAGAGGUCCUUCGUCAUCCUUUUUUCCAGAAUUGUUUCUGUGUCCCACCAUCUCUACGGGCUAAAACAACUGUGCACAGAACACCCCCAUCAUUGGGAACAAGGGGAUAUUCCGAGCAGAAAUCUGCAAGAAAGAGUAGUGGUUCUGGAAGUCUUCCCGUCUCAAAGACAACAAAUCUGAAACCUCAUGUUGCUUUUGGUGCGGGUGUACAACGCAAACUAGACAUGGAUGGCAAGGAUUUGAACAAGAAUGACAAAUCUGUCAAGAGCUCUGUUAAACAACCAAAAUACCGUCCACCAAUUAAGAAUAGCUCGUCCUCCAUUUACUCGGGAAGGACUACACGAGGGAUAAGUGAAGCAGCGGAGAAGUUGGCCAACAUGUCUCUGAGUUCUGGAAGGCAAGCAAUGAGGCAAUCAAUACCGCCACCUAUGAAGGCGGGAGGAUGGCAUGGCCAAUCUAAUAUGUUUAUGGGACGAUCUCAAGAGAUCCAACCCAGCAGAGCCUUUACAAGAAGAGUUGCAGGAUGAGAAAGUAAUUACCACUUGGUUCUACUACAAUAAGCAAUUCAGGCAGUUGCAGUUUGAAAUUAUAUGGAUAGUGAUGCGUUUUUCUUGUAUUUCCUUCGUUAAAUAUAUGUUUGGGGGAUGCUAAACUUUCGAGACUUUUCGCUGUGCUUUUAGUAUUUUUGUUUACGUGAUAUUAACUUGAAUACUGAGAUUGUUUUUGUGCUUUCAAUAUUGUUUACGUGAUAUUAACCUGAA